AUGCUCUCAGAAAUUGCGCAAAAUAUUGGUGUUCCUGCUGAGACACUCGAGGAGCAUGAAGAGCAAGAAUAUGACCAUGAUUCUCAAGAUGAAUGUGGGCUAGACGGUCAAUACAAGUUUGACCCAGUAGAACGUGAAUCUGAUUAUGAGGUAAUGGUGUUGGUUUACGUUGGUGCACUCGAAAAACUCACCCAGCUUGAGGAAAGUUAUGGGGUUAUGACAACUGUACAGUUUGAAAACUACGUCCCUUCAGGCUUUGUGUCUAGCGCAAAGGAGCAAAAAUAUUGGCUUUCAGCUUCUCGUGCCAAGGAGGCGGCUCGAGUGGAAGCAUUCAUCUGUGCCGUAGAAAGUCUCGAAGCGCUUGUUGUCCAGCAUUUGUUUGAAUUGUUGAAGGCAAACCUAGCAGGCACAGGUUACAAGUUACGACAGCAUAUCUCUAAAGCUAUCAGUCAAUGGUCUUUUGCCAUUCGGACUGCGUCAGACAGGUACAACAAGCUUGCAGCUGAGCAAAAAAACCCAGCACCUGUCCUAGAGUAUUCCCAGGUGGUGUCAUAUACUUGGUUGGGCAAAUUUGAACUAUUGAAAUGUUCACGUCAUGACAUUCUAAAGAAACCAUGGGCUGUGCCAUCAAAUCGUGAACUGGCAGUGAAAUAUUUCAAGGUUAUUUGUGCGCAAGAGGAAAUCAAACAUCUUUAUGUUGAAAUAAGGAGGCUGCAUGAGUGGGUUAACGCCAAGGAUGCACAUCUGCUUGUUAUGGCUGAGGGUACUGCAGGUGAUGAGUACAUUGCAUUGGAAAUUAAUGCCAAGUAUCUCACUCAUCGGCGUGUUAACAAUGUUCACUGCCGUCAUCUACAGCAGAUUUAUAAUCUCAAAGGCUUUUCUGGAGAUAUCAAAGACAAUAACUCUGCACAGCACAACAAUACCAUCAAUUCUCAAGAAUUAGAUAACGGUGACGAUGAAGAAGAUGAUUUUUUAUUUGGGGAGGUUUCUAGGAUGCAGAAGUGCCUUCAAAGAAUGUUGAUAUAA